AUGUACAGCCAGCGCCUUCUUGGCAGCCGCUCCACGGCGGUGCUCGAGGCGCAGCGUGAGACGCGACGCAUCCCCAUCAUGCAGAAGUGGAGGGCUGGCGCUAUCAAGACCAGGGACCAGGUGCACAAGAAGGCCGAGCGAACGAAGAGGAACCAGGAGCGAUGCGAGUACCAGCGGGUGAAGCUUCACCUCAAGCAGGGAACGCUCUAUGAGUACGUCGAGGGUAAGACCGCCGAUGAGGAGACCAAGCGGAAAUGGUUCCACCAGCACUUCGGCCACGUCCAGCCCAAGAGCAGGCUCGCCGAGGAGGUCACGACCGGCUCCUCCUCCGAAGGCGCCAGCAGCCCGCCGCCCCAGCAGCAGUCCUUUGUCGAUCUCGAUGCCGAGUCAGUGCGAGUGUCCCAGUAG